AUUACGCACCAGUUCCCCGCUUCGAACAUGACCUCUGCCGUGUCUCGAGGACUGCCUAAUGCUGCUAAUCGCACCACUGCCAACCCACUACGUCUAUCGACUCAAAGCUCUUUCGAGAUAGAUGAGUCAACACCAGAUGCAAAUGUGAAAGCUGACAGUACCUCAACUUCGAGCACUACCUCCAUCCUGGGUGCAACCGAGAGUGUAAGCCUAACUGCCAACUCCACUACUGCUUUCAGCGACUUCGGUGCCACCUCUCCCACCAAAUUCGUCCCUACUGAGUCUACUUCUCUGGUGCCAAAACUUGACCAUCCAUUUUGUUCCAGUUUGGCGUAUGCUCCUAGUCUUCCUAGAGAGGCCUGCAUUACUUGCACAGCCACAGGGGCUCUUCGCAUGAUUGGCUUUACCAUGGAUACAGUGCACUCCGCCCCGGUUACUUCCACAAUCAUUCAAGGUUUGUCUAGCACAAGCCGUGAGCAGAUUUCCUGUCUGGCUUGGAGUCUCGAGCUGAUGGCUCUGGGCACUCGAGACGGCUUCCUGGUUGUCCGAAACUUCUCGUCGAAGCGAACUCACAUGCGUCACAUCUCAACCCUUGUGAGAUCGUCUGGAAUUGAUUCCCUCGAGUUGUUUGGCACCGCUACGCUUCCUAUUGGCGUAAAAAACAUAAGUGGCCCUGCUUCCAAUGUGGCUGGCUAUUCCGAAUCUCAGUAUGGCUCUUUUGCUGGCGUUUUCGGCGCGGCAUCUCCAGUUCCUUCCACUGGGGGGACUGGAUUCUCGUAUGGAUAUACUGCAUCUUCGCCUACUUCAGCGGCCUCGACAAGUGCUUCUUUGACCUCGUUCGCAUCUGCGGCCGCAUCAGCUGCUGUUGGUUCAACAGGCCUAGUACCGACUAGUUUCGAACAGGCCCAAUUUGAUGCUUCUACCCUCUUUCUUACUUUUGGUAAAUCGUACCUUGUAGCUUGGCAUGGGACUGAUUUAGUCGCCAGCCUGAUCAGUGAGGCACUGGUCAUUAAUGGCCCUAAUGAGGCAGCCAGUUUGCUUGCGGCUGCUGGCCUCUCGUCUUUAUCUUCAGGGCCUUCCACUGCCUCAGCCAGUGGCAGCGGAGGCACAAACUUUGGUCCCGAGGCGAUUCGACGUGUCAAGUUCUCGCCCUUCAGCUUUUGUCCAGGGACCGGCCGGCAAGGUUCGACGCGUCUGCUGCUAGUCCUUAGUUUUGAAGCUGUCAUGAUUUUGGAUCCCAUUGAGUCUAGAUAUUCGUCUUUGACGAAGUCUGCCUGA